AUGGAGUUCAUUACUAUGGUUCACCCGGCCCAAAAAGACUCGGCCAGCCUGAGACGGCAGGCUCAUUCCCAUGCCGCUCGUUUUGCUCACGCGCGGGCAAGAGAGCGUCGCAUGGUGGAGCAUACGCAACCUAAACAAAUAUUAGAGAAUGCAGGAGGUGACGACGAGGUUGCCGAUUCAGAGGAGCGCUUGUCAAGUAAUUGGAGAAACUUGGCAUCAUUCGUACGUAACGAAACAACCCCGGUGCUUCCGCAAAAUAUUUCAGGGGCAUUCGAGCACGAACCCUUGGCGAGCUUUCUUGGGUCACUCAAGCCAAGAGAACAUUACAUGUUUCAGCAUUAUGUUCAAGUUGUCGUGCCCGAAAUGCUUAGCCAGUGUCCAGUGUUGAACUACAUGAGAAAACACAACGAUCAUGUACGAAACAACUGGGUGCUUUUAAAUUCCGCACACAUGGAAUUUCUCAAAGGGUUCUUACUUGCGGCCUGUCGUCACCUUUCUACUGUCAAGUCAGACCGAGAGUACGCAGAAAUUGCCAUUCAAUAUAAACUCAGAUACAUCCAAGACCUUCGGCGUACGAUCCUGGUCGAUGGUCCUUCGUCAAGACGCGAAGCCGUCACAAGAGCCUUGGUUUUGGCAUUUGACGAUAUUAUGAUUCAGGAUAUAUCAAUGGCUUCAAACCACGUACUCGGAGCUAUCAAUAUCAUUCAAGCGGCAGGAGGCAGUCAAGUACUUGGCUUGAGUGACCUCGUUCGCUACAUUCUUUACAACUGUGUGCACGCAAAACGGCUUCUAGACUGGAUGCCGGUGCUUGAUUGA